AUGAGUAAUAAGUCGACAGUCUCUGCAGAGUCUGAGCUCGGGCCUGGGCCCCUGCUGGCAGCCCACGUCCUUGGCGGCUUCUGUUAUACUUUUUGGAACUUCAUACCCAAGAAUUUAUUUGAACAGUUCAGAAGAAUAGCCAACUUUUAUUUUCUUAUCAUAUUUCUGGUACAGUUGAUUAUUGAUACACCCACAAGCCCCGUAACAAGUGGACUUCCACUGUUCUUUGUUAUUAUUGUCACAGCUAUCAAACAGGGUUAUGAAGACUGGCUUCGCCAUAAAGCAGACAAUGCAAUGAACCAGUGUCCUGUUCAUUUCAUUCAGCACGGCAAGCUUGUUAGAAAGCAAAGUCGAAAACUAAGAGUUGGUGACAUUGUGAUGGUCAAAGAAGAUGAAACCUUUCCUUGUGACCUAAUAUUCCUUUCCAGCAACAGAGGAGAUGGAACCUGCCAUGUUACAACUGUCAGUUUAGAUGGAGAAUCAAGUCAUAAGACUCAUUAUGCAGUUCAAGAUACAAAGGGAUUUCAUACUGAAGAAGACAUAGAUGGGCUCCAUGCUACAAUUGAAUGUGAGCAGCCUCAGCCCGAUCUCUACAAAUUUGUUGGUCGUAUAAAUGUUUACAAUGAUCUAAAUGACCCUGUGGUAAGACCAUUAGGAUCAGAAAACUUGCUUCUUAGAGGAGCCACGCUAAAGAACACAGAGAAAAUCUUUGGAGUUGCAAUUUACACUGGCAUGGAAACAAAGAUGGCAUUAAAUUAUCAAUCAAAAUCCCAGAAACGAUCUGCUGUAGAAAAAUCAAUGAAUGUAUUCCUUAUUGUGUACCUCUGUAUUCUAAUCAGUAAAGCAUUGAUAAAUACUGUCCUGAAAUAUGUAUGGCAGAGUGAACCAUUUCGAGAUGAACCAUGGUAUAAUCAGAAAACAGAAUCAGAAAGACAAAGAAACCUGUUCCUCAGCGCUUUCACAGACUUCUUGGCUUUCAUGGUCCUCUUUAACUACAUUAUCCCAGUGUCCAUGUAUGUCACUGUAGAAAUGCAGAAAUUCUUUGGUUCUUAUUUCAUCACUUGGGAUGAAGAAAUGUUUGAUGAAGAAACUGGAGAAGGGCCUCUGGUGAAUACCUCUGAUUUAAAUGAAGAAUUAGGACAGGUGGAAUAUAUCUUCACUGAUAAAACUGGCACCCUCACAGAAAACAACAUGGAAUUUAAGGAAUGCUGUAUUGAAGGUCAUGUCUACGUGCCUCACGUAAUCUGUAAUGGACAAGUUCUCCCUGAUUCUUCAGGAAUUGAUAUGAUUGAUUCUUCUCCAGGUGUUAGUGUAAAGGAACGUGAAGAGCUGUUCUUUCGUGCUCUCUGUCUUUGCCACACGGUCCAAGUGAAAGAUGAUGAUAAUGUAGAUGGUCCCAGGAAAUCACCAGACUCAGGAAAAUCUUGUGUGUAUAUAUCAUCCUCCCCUGAUGAGGUGGCGCUAGUUGAGGGGAUUCAAAGACUUGGUUUCACAUACCUAAGGCUAAAAGACAAUUAUAUGGAGAUAUUAAAUAGGGACAAUGACAUUGAAAGGUUUGAAUUGCUAGAAAUUUUGAGUUUUGACUCAGUAAGAAGGAGAAUGAGUGUAAUUGUGAAAUCUUCGACAGGAGACAUUUAUCUGUUUUGCAAAGGAGCAGAUUCUUCAAUAUUUCCCAGAGUAAUAGAAGGCAAAGUUGACCAAAUUCGAUCCAGAGUGGAGCGCAAUGCAGUGGAGGGACUCCGAACUUUAUGUGUUGCCUAUAAAAGACUCAUUCCAGAAGAAUAUGAAGGUGUUUGUAAACUGCUGCAGGCUGCUAACGUGGCACUUCAAGAUCGAGAGAAAAAACUAGCAGAAGCAUAUGAGCAAAUAGAGAAGGACCUUAUUCUGCUUGGUGCUACUGCUGUUGAGGAUCGGCUCCAGGAAAAAGCUGCUGAUACUAUUGAAGCUCUACAGAAAGCUGGCAUCAAAGUUUGGGUUUUAACCGGAGACAAAAUGGAGACUGCAGCAGCCACCUGCUAUGCGUGCAAACUUUUUAGGAGAAAUACACAGCUGCUUGAGCUAACCACCAAGAAAAUUGAAGAACAGAGUUUACAUGAUGUUCUGUUUGAGCUGAGCAAGACUGUUCUGCGUUAUAGUGGCAGCCUAACAAGAGACAACUUCUCAGGACUUUCAACAGAUAUGCAAGACUAUGGUUUAAUUAUUGAUGGAGCCGCCUUGUCUUUAAUAAUGAAGCCCCGAGAAGAUGGGAGUUCUGGCAACUAUAGAGAACUCUUUCUUGAAAUCUGCCGCAACUGUAGUGCAGUGCUCUGCUGUCGAAUGGCACCUUUGCAGAAGGCCCAGAUUGUUAAAUUAAUUAAAUUUUCAAAAGAGCACCCUAUUACUUUAGCAAUUGGUGAUGGCGCAAAUGAUGUCAGCAUGAUCCUGGAAGCACAUGUGGGCAUAGGUGUCAUUGGGAAAGAAGGACGUCAGGCUGCGAGAAACAGUGACUAUGCAAUACCGAAAUUUAAACACUUAAAGAAGAUGCUGCUUGUUCAUGGACAUUUUUAUUAUAUUAGAAUAUCUGAACUUGUGCAAUACUUCUUUUAUAAGAAUGUCUGCUUCAUUUUCCCUCAGUUUUUAUACCAAUUCUUCUGUGGAUUUUCACAACAGACUUUAUAUGAUACUGCGUAUCUUACACUGUACAAUAUCAGUUUUACUUCCCUUCCAAUUCUCUUGUACAGUCUAAUGGAACAGCAUGUCAGUAUAGAUAUGCUCAAGAGAGACCCCUCACUGUACAGAGACAUUGCCAAGAAUGCACUACUCCGCUGGCGAGUGUUCAUUUAUUGGACAUUCUUAGGAGUAUUUGAUGCUCUGGUAUUUUUCUUUGGUGCUUAUUUCAUGUUCGAAAAUACAACAGUAACCAGCAAUGGACAGAUAUUUGGAAACUGGACCUUUGGGACACUGGUAUUCACCGUGAUGGUCUUCACAGUCACCCUUAAGCUUGCAUUAGAUACUCACUACUGGACUUGGAUAAACCAUUUUGUCAUCUGGGGUUCAUUGUUAUUCUACAUUGUCUUUUCCUUACUCUGGGGAGGAAUUAUAUGGCCAUUCCUCAGUUAUCAAAGGAUGUACUAUGUGUUUAUACAGAUGUUGUCUAGUGGUCCUGCGUGGCUGAGCAUUAUUCUGCUGAUUACUGUGAGCCUUCUUCCAGACGUUCUCAAAAAGGUCUUAUGUAGGCAGUUGUGGCCCACUGCAACAGAAAGAAUCCAGAAUACAUCCAGGCAGUGUCAGGACCAUGUUUCAGAAUUCACCCCUAUUGCCUCUCUACAAAGCCCAAACUAUCAAAGCAAUGAACUCACCAGUUCCUCGGCCACGCGGUCUAGUUAUCACUCUAAAAAAGUGAUGUUAACAUUCUGGAAUAGCAAGGAGCAUUUAGUACUCCCACCCAUUUUUGGUCUUUCAAGUAAUUAUUGCAAUUCCAGUACAAGACACUACUAUCAUGGGUCCAGUCUGGAAACACCUGUAUGA